CCCACACUAUGACUGCGGCGCCUUCGUCUGGACCUGGACUUGACCCUGGCCUGCAGCGCCUCGAGGUUGUAGAGGUCGAUGGGGUCCCCAUUGCCACGGGCCGCGCUCCAGUUCACCCGGAAGAUCUCACCGGCAAUGUGCUGAAGCUGUGGCCUUCCCGGCGCACCAGGUGCAUCCCCAAGUGUCACGUAAUUAUGGCUCGGUCCCCGGUAAACGGGAGCGCCUGGGAAGGACGCGAAUACGAGCAGCAUCUGGCACUCGUAGCGCGUGCGCGGCUUCAGUGGCUCCACCACCAUCCAGGAGUGGUUUCCUGCAACUUCAAAGCGCAGCUGUUCCGCCGAUGAGCGGCACUCGAUGACUAGGGAGCUCAGCGUGUCCGAGGUGCCUGCCCAGGAGAGGGUCAAUGCGUAUGGUCCCAGCUCCAGCAGCUGCAGUUCCUUCAUCUCUCCCGAGAAGCGCGGCUCCCUGGCGCUAGCCAUCAUUACCCCGGCGGCCAUUAUGUCCAGCUGUGUGAUGGCCCUUUUCCUGGUCCGCAAAGUGCAAAAGCGGCGCGUGCGGGCCAAGAAACUGCUGCAGCAGAGCCGUCCAAGCAUCUGGAGCAACCUGUCGACGUUGCAUACCCAGCAACAAAUGCUGGUCGGCCGCAGCCGCACCUUUUCCACGACGCUCAGCGAAGCGGACAUCGCCCUGCUGCCGAAAAUCAGUCGCAGCCAAUUGACCCUUCGCCGCUUCCUCGGCAGCGGAGCCUUCGGCGAAGUCUACGAGGGAGACUUGAAGACGGAGGACAAAAAGGAUACGCAGCUCGUGGCCAUCAAGAGCCUGCGAAAGGGCGCCAGCGAGUUUUCCGAACUGCUACAAGAGGCGCAACUAAUGAUCACCUUUAAGCAUGAAAAUAUUGUGUGCCUUGUGGGCAUCUGCUUUGACGCCGACUCCAUUUCUCUGAUCUUGGAACAUAUGGAGGUGGGCGAUCUCCUCUUAUACCUGAGAGCUGCUCGACCCAAAUCUCAGGAGGAAGUGAAGGGACUGUCGCUGUCGGAGUUGCUGUCCAUGUGCAUUGACGUAGCCAAUGGCUGCAGCUAUCUAGAGGACAUGCACUUCGUUCAUGGUGAUCUUGCCUGUCGCAACUGUCUAGUGUCUGAGGAUGCAGAGGCGGGUCACGGGCAAGGGCACCGGCGUAUGGUGAAGAUUGGCGAUUUUGGCCUGGCCCGCGACAUCUACAAGAGCAACUACCGAAAAGAGGGCGAGGGGCAGCUCCCAGUACGCUGGAUGGCCCCGGAGAGCCUCGUGGAUGGGGUGUUCACCACCCAGUCAGAUGUGUGGGCUUUCGGCGUACUCUGCUGGGAGAUCCUUACCCUGGGUCAGCAGCCGUAUGCUGCUAGGAACAACUUCGAGGUGCUCGCCCAUGUGAAGGAUGGUGGACGUCUUCAUCAACCCACCAUCUGUCCCGAAAAAAUGCACUCCUUGCUAUUGAUGUUUUGGCACACAGAUCCAUCGGAACGACCCAGCUUCAGGAGUUGCUUUAAUGCUCUUCAUGUCAUUAUCACGGAUCUGCGUCGCAACCAAACGCCGAAUGUCGACUCAAGCACUGCGGGAACUAAUUCGGAAGCCGCUUCCGCUUUCGGACCAGAGCACAAGGUUCGCUCCGAUGAGCAUUUGGAGAAGGCUUCGGAAAAGGAGGACACGAAAGAGCCCGAGGGCGUGUCACUUCGGAAUGUGUACAGCCACAGUCCGUCUGAACAGCUGUAUGCCAACGAGGGGAUCUGCGUCCGUGUUCAGAUGUCGUCUCAAAUGAGCGCGCUCUUUUUCCGUUUCCGAUGCAUCACGAUGCUAGAAGAAAUCAGUCUCUGAGACCAACCAGUUGGGCAAUGUUAACGAACUAGCUUUCCAAUUUCCGCUUAAGGAGAAAUGUUUGAUUAGAGGUAUUAGAUAUUAAGAUUAGAGGUGCAGAUGUAGUACUGAGUGCCGGGUAUAAAAGUCUCGUUCGCGUCUCGUUGGCCGACGGACAUCCUGGGAUAAGUUUUCCGUCGUCGAUCGACAGUUUGCACAGUUGGGCUUGUACGUAUCAGAUACACCACAACCAUAGCAGGAAAUACGACGACUUUUUAGGCAUUCCUGGUAUUUGUGGCCCUGUUCUUCACAAUUCCAGCAUUUACUAAUUUCGGAAGAUCGGAGUGCAUAAACUUCGUCAAGGGAGUCCCUUUCUUUCUCGGAAUUAUCCUAAGCUUUUUUGUCAUGACUUAUGGAGUUCACAAACCUCUUGCUAUUCACUACUUCGUGUCGCGAAAAAGGCUUCAACUUCAGAUUUCGAAAGAAUUCCUCGUGCUUGUGACACUCUUUGCGUAAGGUUGCCAAAUCUGGAGUUUUGAUAUGAAGCAAGUCGAGCUUCAGUUCCGAUUUUAAAUUUUCGCGAACCUCAAUGGUGACGUCACCAUCCUGCAUAGGCUCUCGUAAAGAGUCUGCGAUAGAUAGCAUCGCAUCUAAGAACUCGUCAAAGCCUUCAUUACUACCCUGUUUUGCGCCUACGCAUGGCUGCUUUGAUCUCUCGAUCCGAACGUUGAUCCUGGUAUCUCUCUUGCAAUCGGCUGCAUAACUCAUACCAGUCAAGGUUAUUCGCGGUCCUAUGAACACGACGGUAAAAUGACAAGGCUGAAUCAGUAAACAAGAGACUGGCAAACUGCGCCAGUAAGGUAAAGUUUCCAUUUAAACAAUUAUUGGUAAGACAAUUCACUCUAUAAAUAAAGUCUUCGAUGGACGAUCCACUGAAUUUUAUACGCCACUUGGAAAUGAUAUUGGAGAUCUUAUCAGGAUGUUCACUAGGAAUAUCGGCGACAUUAGCACGAGCGCUAGAUGGGCGUGGCCUGUAACUAUUGUUACGAAGAUUGCUAGCGCUGCUCAUUCGCGGGAAGGAUGGAGCAAUAUCACUCUCCCAUUCAAGCUGGGGGUAUUUCGUGACCUUGUUUUAGGACGAUUUUUCGGAAUUGCUCCGGUGUACGACGAAUUCGCCUCGGUAUUUUCCCCACUCUGUAAGUUCGAUUGGGAUCGUGAACGCAACGGUAGUGAACACAGCUGCCUAAAAAUCGGACAUGUUUCAUUGGAUGUCAACCAAUCCGAUAAACACGACCUGGGGUAGUUGUGUUUGCACUGGGUUUCUACAAUGUCGGGGUCCUGGUUAGUGUCAUUGCAUAUAGUACAGUGUAUGACUACCUCGCCGAGCUUAACAUUUAGAUUGUCAAUACUUUGCCUAACCGCCAUUGUAACAAUUUAUGAUUAAGAGAACGAUAUAAUCCUAAGACCAGAGAGAUUAUUUUUUUUGUUUUUUUUUUUAUAUUCGAAAAUAUAGGUAAUGAUUGGAUUUUAUACCCGGCACUCAGGACUACAUCUAGAUGUAGAAGACAUCGCCAA